GGACUGCCGAGAUGAGGUAAGCAGCAGGCGUUGCUGUGGCUAGUUGUAGUAAAAAACUCCACAUGAAGCGUUAAAUAAAGCUAGAAAUCAAAGUGACUUAGUUCAAACUUUCCCCACAGCGUUUCUAUUGUUGUUAACGGAGAGAAAUCUGUUUAGAAGAGUCAACGCAGCGAAACAUGCUAGUGCUAGCAGAAGGACUCCAGCUAGCAUGAUGCUAUGACACGUGACUGUGGGGGUUUCCCACCUUCUUUUAGCUGUGUGAAGACGUUUAGAACUGAAAUCUAACAUUAGAAAACUUCCCCACUUCAAAAAACAGACAGUUUUGAGACUCUCCUAAAAAGAAACUAGACCUUACUGCUCUCAUGGAAUUCUGAAAUCUAACAUUAGAAAACUUCCCCACUUCAACAAACAGACAGAUUUGAGACUCUCCUAAAAAGAAACUAGAGCUUCCUGCUCUCAUGGACGCUCACUUUAACUGAUGACAUUGUACGGCUCUUCAAACAUUGUGUUUGCUUCUGUUUCUUAUUACAACUUUACAUUUGAAACCACUCUAAAAACGGCUGGUACUUGGAGGAUUGAGGUGGGUGAGGGAGAGUCCAGUCUGGUCAGGAUUGGAUCUUCAGGAAAGUGUUGCUCCUGAAUGACCUGGUGAAGAACUGGAGGUCUGUAGUUUGAAGACUGUUCUCUGACCAGCUGCUGCUCACAGGACUAGCAAAGGUUGUUGUUGGUCUGGAUCUGAAUCAGUGAAGGACUUGUUGGUUUGUGAAAGGAUGACUCUGUGGUUCGGAGCUCUAACACUGAGAGAAUUUGUCCUUUUUUUCCAUCUUCUUGCUCAUCUUAACAGCAUUGUUGGAUUCUCCAUUGUGACUGGAUCAGAUUAUUUUCCAGGUGGAGCUGCAACAGGUAAGAGGCUUGUUCAUGUCUUUGUGUUCCAGCUGUGCUUGUUCCUUUGUUCCUGUGCUGGUUUGUCAAAUCCAGAUUUCUGGGAUGCUCCAGUCUGGUUGAGGCUCUUUGAAAGGACUUAGUUGGGAUGAAAAUGGUUCUGGUUUGGUCUGGUUCUGGUUUUAUUGGGUUUUUGGCUUCAACUGUGACAGUGAGUGUCAUUGAAGACUGAUUUAGAGCAAAUGCUUGUUUGAGAUGUUAUGUCUUCUUUUAUAAUUAAUAUGUACUUAAACUUUUGGGUUUUUUAUUUGUGAUUUUUUUAAUGAUCAGAAGUUAAGAACUGAAUAAUGAUAAUUAUGGAAAAAUAAAAAGUCGAUUAUAGCAUAAUGGGGGGUUGGGAUUAUAUGUUUUCUUCCUCCAACUCAUUUUCAAAUUAGUGAAUUAAACUCCUUUUAAAAUACUUGAUAUUUAGUUUUUUUAGAUGUGUCAUGUUCUGUAUUUAUAAGUACUAACAUGUCUAUUUAUCAUUGACAGUAAUUGCAAUGGAAUUAUUUACAUGUUUAUGCCUAAUUACCCUGAGAAUGAUAGAUCUGUAUUUCUGUUGUUUUCUUCUUUAGUUAUAUUUUCAUUGGAGGGAGGAGCUCUCAUCUGUUCUGCCCCCAUCUAGAAAGACAUCAGCACCAACUGAACAUUCCAAAGCUCUUUUCAACCCAUUUCUACUGAGAAUGAAGCAAACACAUGAAUAUUAGAACAGCUUUAACAGGAUGAGGGGAAGGCUACAGAUUAAAGUCUGUUUGUGAGUCAAAGAUAGAAUGAAGACUAAAUCAAUCUCAAACACAGUGUUGAUUCAAAAGAGCAUUUAUUAGAUCCAAACAGGCUGCAGGAAUUUGACAGACAGCUUUCAGUUUGAACCUUUAGACACUAAGAUGCAGUUCUGGAAACAGCCAGCAGGUGUCUCCCUUCUCCCUCCUGCUUCAAUGCAGUUAGUGUUGUUGCAGCAGCUGCAUCAAAGUGAUUCUCUGUCAUUCCUCACUAACAUCCACUCUGUUCAUUCAUGUCCUCUGGAGAAAACAGGCUUUAUGCUCAGAAAGUUUCUACUAGUUUCAGACUUUCUAGAAAAUGAUCAGAUUCUACUGAAUUUAGAUGAAACUUCUUUAAAACUGCAGCUAAAAUGCUUUGUAUUUUCUGUUGUCUUCUCCUUUGUGACGAAGGCAGUGACGGGUCUGUGUGAUCUCACCUAUGAGGAAAAGGAGCAGCAGAGGAAGAGGAAGACGUAACUUUGUCUUCAACUCAUUCUUCUUUUCAAAGAAAAAAGACAGAAAGCUGAGAUUCUAACAGAGCUGGAAAGAAAAAGCUUCUCAGCUUUACUGUCAGACAUUUGUUGAGCUGCAACAACAAUCUUUCAAUCUGACAUCUUGAAGCUCCGCCCCUCCUCAUGCAUAGAAACAAACCCUGAAAUGUUGACAAACUACUGAGGUAAAAAUGUUUGCUUAUAUGUAGGAUUUUUAUUCUUUGUUUCAGGAGUUCGUGUUUUACUUUCAUGUAGAGCGGAAAAGAGGAUUCAAUCAAUUAUUUUAGUUUGAGUUUGGUUCAGAGCUGUUGCUGUCCGUUCUCUUUAGGACCCAGAUGCUUGCUGACUGGUGCAGCUGCAGUCACGUGAUUUCUUGUAAAUGUAGAGACACACACACACACACACACAGAGGGAGGAGCUCUGCUCUCAAACUCAGGCUGCAGUUUGUGAGAGAGGAAACACUCAGUGGAGUUUCCUCAGUUUUCUUUUUGCGUCACGGUGAGUCUUUGUGAAAAUGUGGUUUCCUGCUCUCAUGACAAAGGUCUUGUCUCUGAUCUGUGAAGAAAUGGAAAAGAGCAGCAGAUGAACAGAAAACAAGGCGUUUCAAAGGUUCAAGGACUCACAAGGUUUCUGACAGUUUUCAGGAAUGUUGAGACCGAUCGCAGAAAAUCUGUUCCUUCUUCCUGAAACGUAUUCAGUUCAAUCGGUAAAGUUCUUUGAAAAGCUUUUGAAAAUCCAACACCUUUAUAACCAGGAUGACAAAUCCUAACAACAUUUAACACGGCCUGAUCAGUGCAUCAGCUUGAUUUAUUUACUCAAACAAAAAAAACAGAGUACGAAGCUCAAGAACUCGUGGUAACAAUCAGGUGUCUGCCAAAGCUAAAGGGGACACAUGUUUCCUCUGCAGAUGAAGGGAGGAGGUGUGUGUGAGCUGAUCCAGUGGAUCCAGUCAAUCCAGCAGCAUGGAUCAGUGUGAGGACACACAGGAGGGAGCCCCUCCCUCUAAAAGCACUCUGUGUGGGGAAGAUGAGAGCCAGAGCAAAGCUCAGAGGAACCAGCCUGGACCUGGAUCUGGAUCUGGACCUGGAUAUGGAUCUGGAUCCAGCUGUGUGUCCUUCAGGAGUGACAUAUCAAAGGAUUUACCUCUAAACUUCAAAGACAUCAGUUCAGCAGUGGAACAAGGUCAAAAGGUCACACAGAGAGUCCAGUCUACAGCAUCCAGCUGUGGAUCCUUGAAGAGUGACUGGUCUAAAGAUCAUCCUCCAUGCUUUAGAACUGAACCAGGACCUUCAGAC